AUGGCAAGCAUCACUGGACUCCGUGUUAUCCUCGCAGGCGCAGCCACCGGUGUCGGUGCCGGUACAGCUAAGCAUCUUGCAGGGCGUGGUGCCAAGGUUGUGGUGGCUGAUAUCAACAUCAGCGCAGCCAAAGAAGUUGGAGAGGAAAUUACGAAUUCCGGGGGCAGUGCAGCAGUCAUCGAGUUUGACCUCGCCGACGAGCAGUCUAUCAAGAACUUGAUUGAGAAAGGCACCGAGUUUCUGGGUGGCCUUGACAGUCUUUUGAACAUUGGGGCAGAUCUCAGUCCUCAGACAAUGGGUAACGACCGCGCGGUGCAUGACAUGGAUGCUGCAAUUUGGCAUCGAACAUUCCAAGUCAACACCAUCGGCUUCGCCUUGACGACGAAAUAUGCUCUUCCUCACCUCCAGGGGGCUGGAGGUGGAACAAUCAUAAACAUCUCCAGUGUAGAUUUCUUCUCCUAUUGCACCUUUCGAUGCACCAAAUCUUUAAGACCUGGUAACUGA